CGCGGACUGACUGCCCAAAUCCUCUGCAAGCGAAGCUUCAUGCACUCUUGAGCGAACAAUGAUGGCCUUCGACGGCUGGAACAAGAUGCGUCAUUUAUGGAGGGUGAAUUCGUCUCCUUCUGAUUCAAAUCGUCGUUUUGUGUUUAUAUAUGACUAUUCGCCACUCCAAAGCGGCACACUGGCAUGGUCUUGUUCUUGUUGAUGGCACCGUGACGGCUUCCGGCUGAUUAUGCGCGCCCAAUGAUGCAUCAACUCCGAUUUCUGUUAAACGCUGCUUGGCAGCACGUCAUCUCGGGCGUUCUAUCAGUUGUCUGCGCCGUUUUUACCGUAUGUGGCGUCUUGCUCUCUCCUGUAUUGCACUUCUUCCGAGUCGGACACCAUGACAUCGAGGAUCCCGGAUCCGCACACGAACAUUGCGCUCGGCCCGCUCCUGAACCUUCAGUAUCGACUGCAAAUGCAAACUCGUCUGGUCGGUCAACGCCGACAUCGUCAUCGACCGACAGUCUAUCUCCGCCGCCGAUGGGACAUGAACUGGGGGACUUUGCCGGAAUCGGUGGCAUAUUUGAAGAAGGGUAAUUCUACCCAACGUAUGAUGCUUUUACAAGGUUUUACGUGAUCUGAGCGAUUUACCGGCAGGCGGGCGCAUUGGAGCGCCAUGGUCAUUAGACAGGAUGAGGCGGUUAAGGUAAUAUGGCGUGGCAGGCUUGAAUGGAUAACUAAGUUUCCCUGGUAUCAAAAGUGAAUCUGUAUGAUGGCCUGCAACAUUAGGUAGGUAGGGAGUUGGGGCUCCUUGGCACGUGACUUCGCGAUUCCAGACGCGGGGUUACGCGCUAAAACAGUGCCAAGCCUUUGUUGAGCCGCAAACGUGGCGGUGCAGAAGUCCUAAAACCUCCUAGUGUUUCUAAUGACUAUCAGUGGCGGUGCAAAUGAGGCGCAGGACUUUGUUAUGUUGACAGCGCUGCUUCUCCGUCAUCAACGCCGCCACCGACUGCUGCGAUACCCUCAUCAGCCCAAUGCUGCGUGUUAUGUUUUGUUUAUCCCGGUUAAUCUUUCGCAUUGGCACUCACUCGCCGGCCCCGAUGGGCAAUCCCUGGUUCGCCCAUCAUGUCAGCCAUUGUCCUCCUGUCCUCUUCGCCGCCGCAAACAUUUGCCCGCUCCCCGACUCCGGUCGACUGCUCGUCACCCUUACCCUCGCCCGGCGGGAUAUUGAGAGACGCCACACAGGGCUCGAAGCGGUUCAAAUCUGCUAGCAAGUCGAGGAAUGGUUUCUCCAAUGGUUUCAGCACCGCCCGGUCGUUGCUCGCAACAAAGACUGGCGCGGAGAAUAUCCCUCUGCGUUCCCCUGGGAAGGAGAGGUUCAAGACAGGCAGUCCAAUUGCUUCGCAGCAUCGUGGUGGGACGGGCAGCCCUCGAGGAAGAUUCAUUUCGGAAAAGGUAGAUGGCCGGCCGGACGAGAAUUCGGGUUGUUUCCCGCCCUCGCAACCUCAACCGCAAAUGGUUGCCAAUGAUCAAGAAUGUCCUCCUCAUGCGGAUAUAUUUGACUUUCCGGAUAGCACGCCGCCUGAAAAACUUUCAAGAGUGGAAGAACCAAGACAUAUGGAUGAUAGUCCUUUGCACUUGGAAAAGGCGAUACCCAGACGGUUAGAUUGGACGCCGGUAAAGCCAAGCGGUAAGGCAUCAACCAAUACAAACGAAGCGGUAGACCAUGCGGCGAGCUUCUCGAAAAGCCUGUUGGAGGAUUUUACGUAUGCCGAGUCGAAAUGUCCUGAAACCAACAAGCUUACGACCAAAUUGGACGUCAAUGGCGAACCGAUGAAACGAAGGCGCAUAGACUUUGUGGUCACGGCGAACUCGUUAAGGGAAACAGUGCCAAUGCUACCUCCUCCAAAUAAUAACCAGGGCAAAAAGGGCGAGAUGAAAGGGAGCAAGAGAAGGAGUAAAUCGCCCACAAAGAAGAUGCUCACCAUUACUGGAUUGGCUACCUCCAAUUAUGGCCAGGAUCAUGGAAAAAGCGACAGAAAAGUUGCACCAAUGUUGGAAUAUUUAACAUCAACACAAUUUGGUGCAGAAAGCGAGGCUGGAUCUGCCACUGAACAGCAAGCGAAGCCGAAACCUGGCCGCAAGAAAGCCAGCGCAAACAAGAAAGCACCGGCCAGAAGUCGUCUGGUAUCCCCUACAUCUGCCAUGAAGGCUAUUGAAAGUCAGGAGGCCUUGUUCGGGUCUGCAAGCCAGCUCGCUCGCGACGAGUCACCUACUUUGUUGCGAGAUACCUUGGAAGCUCUCAAGAACUCAGAGUGCUUUCUGUCGUCAGAUCCCAUCUCUCCGCAGAGGACACAGCCGAUAUCCAUCGAGUCAACUUCACCAUAUCAAUGCCGAGGCACAAGCAGAUUCGUCAAGAAGAAAAACCUAUGGAGCGCUGCCGGCAGAGACGAAGAUAAUGCACUGUUGCAGGUUGAUACCGUUGACCUUGUUGAUUCUCCCGCGGUACGGCUGGCCCUUGCUGGGAAAGAUGUCCUCCUGCAGCCGGCGGAGCCUGUGCUUCCAAAGGCUUGUGACGGGCUAAGAGAAUGGCACGCCCACGUCUCGGAUACCCCUCUGAUCAGAAAAGCCGGUUCGUUGGUCGAUAUUGACGAUAUCGUAACUCCUGCCGGAGGAAGGUCCACAGUCUCUCCUUCGAAGAUCCAAAUGAGAUCUUACCAUACUUCACGGCCGUUAGAACCAGAGGCGAGAGCUACAGAGCCGAGCAAAUCCGAAGCUCGACCAGCCGAAGAUGUCGCACCAUCUCCCGCUCCCAGCAAACCUGUUCCCGUGAAACCAUGCUACGCAGGUUUCUCCACUCACGAGCUGCAGAAACAGAUCUCGGCAUACGGUUUCAAGCCGGUCAAGAAGCGCGAGAAGAUGAUUGAACUACUCGACCGAUGUUGGGAUGACAAGCACGGCAUUGCCCCCCAAGAAGAGAAUCGUGAGGCAAUGACGCACGGAGAUUUUCUCAGCAAAGUCCAUGAUGUCUCUGCUCGGCCUGUACCUAAAGUGAAGAAGCCCCGCGGCAAGCGGAAAUCCGAAACCUCAGGCGAACCUAAGCCCGCAAAGGAGCCGAAGAAGAGGAAGAAUGCCGAACCGAAAUCAAAGCGACUGUCAACAGAAGCCGCCGAAGUGAAAAAGGAUACAGAAGCGCCGGCCGAACAAGCCAAAAAAGCGGUUCGCAAGCGGACAUCCAAGAAGGCGCUAUCAGAGGAAGUGGUGAUGGAUGUGGAUGAUAUUGACGCCGACAAAGAGGUUGAUGGUGGUCUAGAUGGUGGGACUGUGGUUGGGGAAUCGGCAAAGCCUGCUGCCACUCCAUUCGAUUCAAAGACGAAGCCAAGCUUGAAGCAGGCCCCAACUCCACAAGCGAACAAGCCGGCAACACCUCCACCCACCUUGCCACCCAUAAGCUUCUCAUCGUCUCCUCCAGCCCCAGUUACAGGCCUCCAGAGUGGUGCACUUGGCUCUUUGGUGCAGACAGCGUCGUACUCGAACCAUCCACCUACUGAAGUGACACCCCCGGAAGAAACAGAUAAGCGACCAUCCUCAGCUGGAAGUCUCCCUGCACCAGGAGGACCGAAGACUACCCUACGGAAGCGAAAAGCAGCGACAAAUUCAGACCCGGAUCCAGAGCCAGAAACCAAACCAAAACCGAGAACAAAUGCGAAGACGAAGGCGAAGGCAAAGUCAAAAACGGAUCCAGCAACGGUUCGAGAGUCCCCUUGUACCACUUCACUUACACCAGACCACACUCCUCCAGCGGCACUUCCCGAUAUCCAAGCCCAAAUCCACGCAGCGAUCCAUUUCCGUCCUCAACCUCAAUUUCAACCUCAGCCUCAACCUCCGCAAGACUCACAGAGGACGGAGUCCGGUGCCACCCAACCCAAGGGGGAAACCAACUCCAGCUCCAAGGCUAAGACUAAGGCAUGCCUUUCAGCUACUGCGCGCGUGCCGACAUGGCGUGAAAAAAUCCUCAUGUACGACCCUAUUGUCCUCGAAGAUCUGACGGCAUGGUUGAAUACCCAAGGAUUCGCGGCGAUAGGGGAGGAUCGAGAAGUCUCGGCGCUUGAAGUUAGGGAGUGGUGCGAAAUGAAUGGCGUUUGUUGUCUUUGGAAAGGUGGAUGGAGGGGGAAUAAGAAUAAGGAGUGAACGAGGGCACGAGUGGACUUCCCACCCGAACUCAGUUGUCAACAGAAAUUAUGGUGGGUGGGCAUAUAACACGGUGAUGAUGCCGCUCGCUCGCUGUACGAUAGGAUGGAACGGGACAGGACACGGUUUGUUGAUGCCGUGUACAGUACCUACCUAGCUUUACCUAGCUUUUGGAUAUUGAUACAACACUCGAAUCAUCAAUACCCAGCUGGUAUUGUAGCGCCUCAGUACAGAUAUGCUGGGCGCUUAUUGUUCAAAUGCGCCCCUAAUCGUAGGGGUUUAAUAGUCGGACUCUACGGAGGACACUGGCAUGCGUUGCAAUGUGGUGAUGGUCGGAGUACUGUACGCACUUCAGCCUGACGAUGACUGACAGCAGCAAGAUCGUGGGGAGAUCCCGGGCUGAUAUCUUAGAUACCUUACCGGAGCUAGCGGUCUGUCAGACUUUAAGGGUGACUGUGACAUUUGACUCGGCCGCUCGGGUUGCCAUUUCUUUUGCCGACAAGAAAGACAUGUCAUAGUAUAGAUAGAAAAGACCAAGGAAGUGUAAAAC